AUGAAUAUGGCUGUCUCCAAUAGUAACACCGCAUCAAAUACCUCUAAUACAACUAGCAUGGCUGCUUCUUCCACUUCAACUGCUAUCAACAACACUAGUCGUAAUAAUAGCAACUAUAACGACGCCUUCUCCUCGGCUACCCCUUCCAUUUUUAUAAAUAAUCAAGUCUUCGCAGCUAGGAACAACUUUAAUGAUCAUGAUAAUACAUAUUCUAACCCUCCUUCAAUGAGUAUCAGUCCAACUAAUACCAUCAAUAAUAAUAUUCAUAAGCAAUUUUCCAAUAAUAGUAAUAAUAAUAAUAACAAUAACCAUCCCGGCUCUUUGCUCUCCACUUCCCCCUCCAAUAUCAGCAACGCUACAAAACUGAGAAGAGAUUCAAUAGCACAUUCUCAAGGAAUGGGUGGUGUCUCGUGGGGUUCAUUGACGAUCGGUUCCUGGCUGAAAGACGAAGUUAUGUUCAAUAGUAAUAACAAUAACAAUAAUGGUAACAACAUUAACAGUAUUAGUAAUAACUACAAUAGUAAUGGAAAUAUCACUUAUAGAAGACUAUCAACCAUUAAUAACUUGAGAACAAUCUCUUCAACCUCUCCACAUUCUGCUUAUCUUCCAAAUUUGGAAGAACAAUAUUGUAAAGAUUACUCUUGUUGUGGGCUUUCACUACCUGGUUUACAUGAUCUUCUAAAACAUUAUGAGGAAGCUCAUAUUAACAAUAAUAAUAAUAUUAUUACUGGUAAUAAUCAACUCAUAAAUCCAACAACAAACUCUCAUUCAAACGAUUUAUUCUCAAAAAAUCAAAAACAAAUCAGGAACGCCAAACCUUAUCCAACAACAACAACAACAAAUAUUACAACAACAGUACCGUCAUCUUCAACAUCUUCUACUAUAAUGGAAAAACAUAUCAUACAGCAACAAUUAAAACCGUCUCAAUUGAACCAUUCAUCAACGUUACAUCAUAACAAUAACGAUAAUAAUAGCAAGACAAAACAAACCGCAAAUACAAAUUCAAUCUUCUUAAAUGGCAAUGUUGUAGAUGCUGUAUCUACUAACGAUGUAUUCUUCCCAGUUAAUUCGAAUGUCAAAAUACCGACUACCACAAAUAAAAUGUAUUAUUCAUUCAAACCACAAUCACAAACUAAUAGUAAUAAGACAAUCAAUCUAGAUUUUAUGAACGAUGGUGAUUUAUCAAAAUUGUCACCUUUCCAUCAUACAAGACCGAUCGAAGAAUCCGAAGUCUCCGUAUCAGACUCCGAAGAAAGUGAAAUGGAUGAUGAUGAUGAAGAUGAUGAGGUAACAACAAGUACAUCUGCAACCACCCCAAUUACAAAUUCAAACAACAAUAACAUGCAUAAUACGAGCAGUCAUUCCAUGGAUACAAUAUUUAAAAAAACUGAUAAUUAUAUAGAUGAUCCAGCAAGAAGAUUGUACGUAAUGGAUCAUGAAGAGCAUAAACCAUUCAAAUGCCCAGUCAUUGGAUGUGAAAAGACGUAUAAGAAUCAAAACGGUUUGAAAUAUCAUAGGAUACAUGGUCAUCAGAAUCAAAAAUUGCAUGAGAAUCCAGAUGGAACUUUCUCCAUAUUAGAUCCUGAUUCAAAUGAGCCUUAUCCCGAUGGCAUGGGCUAUGAAAAGGAUAAACCUUAUCGUUGUGAGGUUUGUGGGAAACGUUAUAAAAAUCUGAACGGUUUGAAGUACCAUAGAGGUCAUUCCACUCAUUAA